UUUUAAUUGGCGGCGAGCUGUGAAUGCGCGCGCACUUCGAGUCACGUUUCGAGGGAGCACCCGCGAGUUCAGUAGCCGCCGUGCGGCCGCGUGCAUUCGUCGACUUUUUCGGUUGGUUCGUAUCUUCUCUUAGUAAACGUGUAUUUUAACAGGAUAAUUCCCUACACACGUAUACACUACAAAGCUAUGUGAAAUAUAUUCGUAAUGUCACCGACACAAAGAGCCCGCGAAAACGAGUGACGAUCGCCUCAUAUUACUCUUAUUCAAAGAGUCAAGAAUGUGUUCUUUGAGGCUUUGUUAACUUUUCAAAAGUCGACCGUGAGUUUUUCUUUUUUUUGUCGCGUUGCAGUGUUACAUAGAAGAGAAAUAAGAAAAAGAAAGGAAGAGGAAGAAGAAGAAGAUUGGACAGAAAAGGAGAAAGAAUAGUGUAUACGAAAAGUAAGAAACUAGUAUUCUUGGCGUAGUUACAACGACGGAAGUCGUCGUCGUAUCGAACGUUAGUCCGUGUCUCUUUCUCGAAGAAGACUUUUCGACGAGGUCUUCGUGUGCUUUGAUCAAAGAUUCAAAGAAAUUCGAAUUAUACAAUACUCUUCGACGUCGUUAAAAACAUCGUUUUAAUCGAGUUUCAAGGGAGUUCGAGGAUAUCGUCCUAGCCUGUUCCGUAUUUAAUUCCAUCAUCAAUAUGGAUGCGCAAACUGAGUUAUCCAUCGACAACGGAAAAUACCGGAACGAUUAGGUUUUCCCAUAGAGGAUCGAUCUCGUGACGAUGUCAAUGAACGCAACAGCAGGUACUAUUCUCGUCGAUCAAGAGAUAAAUCGAAUUCUUUUUGAACGAGAACAAGAAUGUUACGAGCAACAAUCCGUAAACACCACUUCUCCGCCAGAACCGUUCUGUCCUACGAUAUUUGAUGGAUGGUCUUGUUGGCCCGACACACCAGCCGGAUCUACCGCUUACAUUCCCUGUCCUGAUUUCAUUACGGGAUUCGAUGCAUCGUUGAAGGCACACAAAUAUUGUGAGAUAAAUGGCACCUGGUUUCGACAUCCGAUUUCCCACACAGUCUGGAGCAAUUAUACGACUUGUAUUAAUAUCGAAGAUCUGAUUUGGCAACAAGGUAUCAAUGGCAUUUACGAAGUAGGCUAUGCCAUAUCAUUAGUGGCUCUACUUUUAUCACUAGUGAUUCUCACAUACUUUCGAUCGCUAAGAUGCGCGAGGAUAACUCUGCAUAUGAAUCUAUUCGUUUCGUUCGUCCUUAACAACGCACUAUGGUUGAUAUGGUACAGAUUCGUUGUAGCCAAUACAAAUCUUUUGUUAACUAAUAGCAUAAUAUGCCGGCUAUUACACAUCCUCCUUCAUUACUUCCUCUUGACGAAUUACGCAUGGAUGCUUUGCGAAGGCUUUUAUCUUCACACUUUACUCGUUCUGGCGUUUACAAGCGAGCACAGAUUGGUCAACUGGUUGAUGGCUCUUGGUUGGUCCAUGCCAGGGAUUAUCGUUACCAUUUAUGCCAUUUUAAGAGCUACAAGCUACGAUCCUGUAGACACCGAACAAUGUUGGAUCAACGAAGGCAAUUACAUGAGUGUGUUAGUCUAUCCGGUAUGCGUAUCGACGUUGUUGAACGUUUUAUUUCUCUUCAACAUCGUACGUGUUCUUCUGAUGAAACUACGUGCUGGUCCAGCGAUAGGAACGAGACCAUCGAGAUCAAUGCUUCAAGCUUUCAGAGCAACGAUGUUAUUGGUACCACUUCUUGGCCUUCACUAUCUAGUCAUUCCGUUCAGGCCGCCGAAGAAGCACCCUUGGGAACACGCUUACGAAGUUAUUUCAGCGAUUACAGCCUCUUUCCAAGGCCUCUGCGUCGCCGUAUUUUUCUGCUUCUGUAACGGAGAGGUGAUAGCCCAGUUCAAACGAAAAUGGGAAGGUACGAUGUUACUACGGAAACGAGCGAAUUCCUGUACGGCCACUACUGUCUCGGUCCGAUGGCGGGAGAGGAGAAGGUGUGACUAUCAAUCCGCGAUGUCGGUUGAACCGGAUAGAUAUGAAGAAGAUGAUCAUCGUCAACGACAAAGCGUUAUGCAAUUGGUCGCUCGUCGUGAAAGUAAUAUAGCCAACAACAACAGUCACGCAAACGUUUUAUUGAAACGUACGGAAAAUAUCAACGAGCCUGACCAGACGCAAUGUUGAUGAUUAAGGAAUCUUUAUCAUCGACGGUCAUCUUAAACGUUUACGUACGUUGCGUUGAAAUACGUAAUACGUUUGUUUAACUCUUCUUCGACUUCUUCUUAUUUGCCAAAUAACGAAUGAAAGAAAAAAAAUUAAACUUGAAUUUAUUUCUUUCAACGUCGUAACGUCAAUAUAAUUUUACGAUUAUUAAUUGUAGUAUCGAUUAAAUUCAAACUCGAAGAGAGAGAGAGAGAGAGAGAGAGAGAGAGAGAGAGAGAGAGAGAGAGAGAGAGAGAGAGAGAGAGAGAGAGAGAGAGUAAGCAAAUUUUUAGAACAAGACGAACGGAUCUAUGUAUUUGUUUAAUUAAAUUGUAAUUUAAAUCGUACUUCGUUCUUCGUAUAUUAUCGAUUAGGUACAUACGAAAAUUCUACGACGAACGCAGACGCCUUCGUUAAAACGAAGUAUCUUGAUUUUGUUGAAUAUUUUUAUUAUAAUUAUUCAAAAUUCGAGCUUUAAACGGCGUUCGUUAAAUCCUAUCUCUUCUCCUUCUUUACCAAAUAACGAAAAUAAUGAAAUUACUUUAUUUUAUCAGCUUGUUAACUCUCGAUUUACGAUCAAUAAUUAUCUCGAUUAAAUUCGUAGACGAAGAAAUUGCAAAUUUGUUAUAUUGCAUCAUUUCAAUUAUAUAGAUACUUCGUUCGUAUAUUAUCGAUUACUCGAAAUUCUAUGAACGA